AUGGCGGUGCCCUCUCGCCGCGCGCCCGCUCGCGCGGGAAGCGCGCCGUGCGCGUGCCGGCCGCCGCCGCCGCCGCCGCGGCCGGCGCUGGCGGCGCUGGUGGUGCUGCUGGGGCUGGGCACUGCCGGCGCGGCGCUGCUGCUGCCUCGCGGGGCGCUCAGCACGCAGGCAAAUGCGCGCGUGGUGCGCGGCCCCGCGACGCUGGCCGGCAGUUCGGCUGGCUCGUUCUCUACGAAGACGGGGAUGGCGGCCGUGAUGGAGCCGCCCACUCGGAUCGCCCCGCCCUCCGUCUCGGACGACGCGGCGGUCAGAAACUCAGAAUGGGCAGAGUGUCUGGUGAAGUACUCGCCUGACGAUGCAGACGCCCAGGAGGUGUGGGUCUUCCGGAGGAGAGACUACGACGAAUUCCAGCGCCUCAUCGGCCUCCGGCUCAGCUACAACUCCGAGGCCGGCGGCCCCAUGAAGUUCGGAGAAGACCGCAGGCAGGAGGCCACGAAGGACACGACGGUCACCUGCCGCGAGCGCUCGGUGGACCCGGGGCUCUCGUGCGCGGAGUGCGUCCGCGUCUUCACGGGCGCCGCGUACAGGGACAAGGCCAUCUCGGUGCCGGCGCACCCGCCGCAGCCCUCCGUCACGGGCUGCCUGGCGCUCUCGGUCGGCGCGUCGUCCGGCAUCCGCGCCAAGGGCUACCCCGUCCCCCUGCGGGAGACCGCCUUCUGCAACACCGUCAACGUGCGCUUCUGA